UUAGAGGAGGCUUUUUAAUUUUCAUAUCUGACCUUUUAUCCUGCUCCUUUUAAGUCCUUUUUUAAAGAAAAAAUCAGUUUUUAAGGCAAAUAUUUUUCCCGGCAUUUCCGUUAGUGUCAGGUACUCUCCAAAUUUUCAAUUACGCCACGCAUGCCCAUACGAAUAGCUAAUUGGCAAACAAAAAAAACCAACUUCUUGUUUGUAUUUUUGAUGUUUUUACGGAUAUUGCAUCUCGAACGUUUUUUGUACGCGCCAAAGGGAGUCACAGAGCAAUCCGGAGCUCGAAUCGUGCGAAAAAACAUCGAAUUUCAUUCAUAAAUUGCUGCUGAGGUGGGAAAAGAGACCGGUGCCAAAGUGUUAAAGUUACUGCUGAGUCGUCACACGUCAGAUCACGACAUGGAGGAACGGCAGGACCAUCACAUUGUGUCAAAUAUCAAACUUGAGGAUGAGGAAAUCUCGGAGCCCAAUGCCAAGGAUCGAACGCCGGAACGUGAUAGAAGUGAAUCACGACGAGGAUCAAGAGCACCUAAACGGAAGAAAUUCGAAUGGCAAGAUGAACCAACACUCUUUCUCAUUGAAUUCAUAAAAGCACAUCCAAGCAUUUGGGAUACGACAGAUGUGAUGUACCGCAAUGUGAGGAUGAAUAAAAACCUAUUUUUGGAGCUUGUGAAUGUUCUUGGCAACAAAUAUCCAGAUCAUGGAUACACUUACGAAAUUGUUCGUCGAAAAUGGGAUAGUCUCAAAGGAUAUUACUCCCGGAAGGCGCAUCGUAGCACGCCAGCAAACAACAGCAGCAAUACAAGCAUGGAAAAAGACCCAAAAGCCAACGGAAAUGCCAACACAAACGAAGACGAUGCUUCAGAUUCCGUGCAUUGGGCCUAUUUCGAGCGUCUCAGUUUCCUCGCUACCAGUCUCAGUCGAAUAAAUGCCUCGGAAGCGGGCAGCGACGAAGAAAACGAAUUGGAUUACGUGCAAUCGGAACCGCUCAACUUGGAAUUCAGCAAUGGCAGUGCAACGACAGUUAAAGAACGCACAUCCACAACUUCGAGUAAACGUCGAAAAUGCACAGAAGCGCCAUCGUCAGCGGAAAAUGGCGAACAACCCAUUCCCCUUUUAACGAAUCAAGACAAAUCCGAGCUUGCGGCAUUGAUCUCAGCUACAACGGCAGCCGCUGCAACAACAUCGUCGACGACGACGCCGCCAAACAAUCAGUCACUUAAUAGUAGUAACUCUGCUCAAGCAGCUGCCAUAUCGCCAAAUCCGCACCAAAGUAGUCCCAAAACGGAUGCCGACGAAUUUGGCAUCGGGAAAUAUGUGGGCAAGGUGUUACAGGAUCUCGAUGCCGAUCUCACGGAUGAGUUGGUGUCGCGUGUCGUGCGCGAUUGCAUCGAAGUGCGGCACAAACAGCGACUACGGUACGCCGAACAAUUUCAAAAUAGUCAAUAAGUCAAGUAUUUUAAACGAUUAGUAGAAUGCGUGUUAUCGUCUACCUACGUGUGAUUAUAUGUGGAAGAAUUUGAUGGUUUUUUUGAUGAUUCAAUUACAUUCGUAACAAGAAAAACAAUCUAGGUCAAGUUGGAUAAAUAUUAAACUAAGUAACUUAUAAAUAAUGGAAAAAAUGAUACAAACGAUCUUUAAGAUACAAAAAAAAAACAAAGAUUAAAAAAAUAAAUUUUAAAAUAAAUCUAAACAUUUCAAA